AUGGAAAGUACGAACAGGAGAUUUGAUUCAUUUUUAGCGAGCCAGAAGAAACUGGAAGCUAAACAUCACACAGAUAGUAGACAAGUGAUUGGGACCAGGCAGUGUUUAUUUACAUUCCACAGUGCAAUAAACCAGUAGACUAUUAACAACUCAACGUAAACGAUAAGAAAGAGGAUACUACAGCCAUACAAUGAAAUCAACCGAAAAAUUACAAAAUGAAGAAACAAAAACAAAACAACGAACAAUCAAACUGCCUUAGGUGUGGGUGGGGGGGAAGCGAAAAUACAAGCUAUUUAAAAAUGCUAUAAUUGCUGUUGCUAGUAAAGCGUAGGUUCAAAUGAACUCAAAUAGCUAUACAUCUAAUACGAAACGUGCUAGGUGGGGCAAUCCCCUGAGACUUACUAGCGUGGACUAUUUUGAUUGGUUCUAAUAAAGUCUUGUGAUUAUACAAUGAAAGUUGCUCAAUAUGAAAAUACGGACUAUGAACCCUUCCUGCCCCCAACCAGGGCCUCUCUGCUACCGAUGUCUAGAUUUAUAUUAAUAGGAUUAAUAUUCACCUAAACAUCACACAGAUAGUAGACAAGUGAUUGGGACCAGGCAGUGUUUAUUUACAUUCCAAAGUGCAAUAAACCACUAGACUAUUAACAAUUCAAAGUAAACGAUAAGAAAGAGGAUACUACAGCCCAAACCCAGAGGUGAGAUAGUCGUGAGGUGUUAGUGAGCGUGAGAGUGGGGUGGAUUAUGACGGAGGAUGGCUUUACAAAGCAUGUUAGCUGAGUGAAGGCGAACGGUUAGAGGCAUGGUUAAAUAGAUUAAAAUGGUGUCAGAGCGCCAAUCGCCGAGAGCUUUAAUUAGUUCAAUGGGUACCUCUGAGUGAUAGGCGAAAGAAGCACCUCCUCUGCGAAACGAAUGCCCCGCGUAAAGCUUUGGAUCAAAACCGAGCGACGCAAGAUGACGGCGCAGUACCAAAACAAAAGAAUUAUACGUGAAAACCUUAGCGGCCUGGCGCUCGUCUAACCAGUUAAAUGCCUGCGAAUCGGUUGUGGAGACAGUAGCUGUAAAACGAAAAGCAUUAAUGACAGCGGCCGUGGGACAUAGCUUAGAGCGAGGGAUGCAAGGCAGUGGGAUUUCCACUAUCCGUUCACGAAAUUGGAUAGUCUACUCCAACGAAUAGUGAUCAGGGUACCCCAGGGGAAUAUUUUGAAAUCUGCCUUAGUCAGUUGUUUACGCGGGUCAAAUAAAUGAGGGGCCAUAGGCAAAAGGUGCGAUUUGCGGAACAUACCAUAGAAAGCCACCAGACAGGUGGCCCAGAAAGAAGCGUCGGUGCUAUUUGCCAAAUUAAGUCGAUCAUGGAGCUGAGAAAGCAUAGCGGGCGUAAUUGGUUGUUUUUGAUUUACUGUUAAUCCUUUUUGUCUAUUAAUGCCGGUGAGCAGGGUCCUCAGUGGCCAGUUGUCAAGCAGCGGGUGAGGCAGGCCAAAUUCCUUGUGGAGGAUGCCGAUGAUGUUUAGGUAGCUUCGAACUGUGGCAGCUUUUAAACUUCUGGCCAAGAAGGCCGCGUAAUGCAGCAGACGUGUAGGCUGAACGGGGACCGGGCUGUAACCCAUAUAGUGGCAGAAACGCAGAUAGGUGUCGCGAUGGGUCUGGUAAGUCGCUUUCGUAGAUUCUGCAAAGAGCUGAGCACGAUACUUAGAAACUUCCUGUUGCAAUUGAAAAGCCAACCGAGGGUCGCGUGCACCUAAAAAAUAUAAGAGAGCGGCUGUAAGGUGACAUGAUCCGUCAAGACCGUGUUGUCAACACCCCGGGCGCAAAACGCGCUUGCAGGAAGGAAUAAAAAACGAGGAGGUGACCCCGCUCGUGAAGCCGAGAUAUAGCGUCCGCAGUGGUGUUACGAAACCCUUCGAGAUAAAUAGCGGUAAUGUGAAAAUUGUACAUAGCAGAAAGCCAGAAGAGUUCACGUAACUCCUACAUGAUCACUUCGUUGCCUGUGGUGCCCUUGUUGAUAAUCUGGACGGCGGCCUGAUUGUCACUAUAAAUAAUUACGCGAUGAUUUGCCCACACGUGUCCCCAGCGCUUGGCAGCUAGAACAAUAGCUAGGGUUUCUUUGUGAUUAAUAUGUAGCUGGGACCAUGUUGGGUUGUCGAGGGAAAAGUUAAAAUAGAACCAAUCACCCCGAAAAUAGCCUCCCGCCGCGAGAGAGCACAAAUCAGUCAUAACAUCGACUGUGGGUUGGUCCUCUAAGAAAAACUGCUUUCCGUUGAAUACGCGCAGAAAUUUUUCCCACCAGGAAAUGUCGCAGUAAAAGGAAGGUCCUAAACGAUGCUUAGCCCCUGGUGAAAGGGAGUUCAUGGUAGUAAGCACUCUGCGGAGAAAAGUGCGUCCGCCGUAAAUGACUCUGCACGCCCAAUUUAGUUUGCCCGCCAGCCGCUGCAGUUGGUUUUUGGUAGCGCAGCGUUUAUGCAUGAAGCUAGAUACAAGAGCUUGACAUUCGCGGAGUUUUUCUUGUGGGAGCGUCAUAGUGCAAGCAACUGUGUCGAGUUCGACGCCUAGAAACGUUAGCUGGCGUGUUGGCGGCACGAGUUUGUGCUGGCUGAUGGUGAAACCCAAAUCCGUGAGCAACUGUAGUAACACUUUAUACGCGCGCGCGCAUUCCGCCUGCGUGGCACCGAUAACAAGAAAAUCGUCAAGGUACACGAUGACAUGUAGAAAGCCUCUCUUAGCCAUCAUACGCCUUACAGCCUGUGUCAAGCGAUGGAAGAUUUCUCGGGAACUUUUAGCACCAAAUGGAAGACAAGUGUCGUAGAAAUAAGUGUCAAAGUCGUCUCCCGAAAAACGCCACUUGCAACCAGUCGCCUGAUAAUUUGCAGGGUGAAUAGGCACUGACCGGUAAGCAUGUUUGAGAUCGAUUUUGGCCAUAAAAUAAUUGGGUUUUAGAAGUUUAAUAGCGUCAUCUAACGUUUGAAAUUUGAAGGAACGAGUGCUGAUAAAAUCAUUAACCGCGUGGCCAUGCGGUCGCGAACAGUCAUGAAUGAGACGCACCUCGGUGGAAUUCGGUUUUGGAAUAGCUCCUAAAGCGCUAACCACCGUAGGUUUAGUAGCAGAAAUAACAUAAUUGCCUUGCUGAAUUUCGUCCCGAAUGGUUUUUUCCACCAGCGGGCGGAUAGCGGGGUUAGUAGCCGAUUUAUAAUUGCGCAUGUUGACAUCGGUAAAUUGCGUAUUGAUAUUUGCCAUUUGGAAGCCGUUAAUAAUGCCAUCUGCCAAAAACGUUUCGUCCUCGUCGCCCGCGAGUUCGCAUUGCCAAGUUUUUGCGUUUAGCGGUGAAUUAAUGAGCGGUAGUCAAUUUUGCGGAGCCGGUUUAUUUUGCUGUUGCGUCGAAGUACUUUGCUGAGUAGAGUGGAUGCAGCCCGGAUGGUUGAGGCCGCAAGCUUUACCGCCCGUAGCGCGGCGAUUGCACACAUGUUCGUACGCACAAUUUUGCAAACUACAACCCCUUGAACUAUUAAAGUUACGACAGAUAGUGCGCCCAUCGUUAGUGGUGGCUAUAAAUCCCGUGAUGAACUGAGUGCUGGGGUUAGCGGUGCGGUUAGGUGACCUAGGAACAUGGGAGGGUUUAUAAAUGGGCUCUAAAAUAACUGUGUGGAGGUGAUUCGAAUCAAAACCCCACGGAUAAUGAUAUGCUGCCUGUAAGAGGCGAAAUUCAUCGUCAUACUUAAGGACCGAGGCCCAAUGGUACCGGUUGGAGAGUUCCAUCACCUUAAUAGUAUAUGCUAAAUAAUUCUGGAUCUCGGCUUGCGAGUUUAGUUUCCUACUUGCUAACAAGUUAUAAAAAAUUCUGGUAUUGCUAAUCACCCACUGGGACAUGGUGAUUUGUUCUAAACGGGGCUUUUUAGGCCCAUAGGAUACAACUAAUUUGGUGUUUCCACCAUCUGCUAUUGUUCGCUCCUCAUCUUUAGGGACAAUAUUGUCAACAAAGUCUACAAUCCUUAAGGCUUUCUCACCGGAUUGUGGUUGCGCUGGCCUCAGAAACAUCUCCGACGCUCGUGAUUCCAGCCAGGAGUUUGAAAGAAUCGGGGCCGGUUGGGAGCCCGCAGGAACAGUAUGGAAAUCACCAUGCAGCUGGCCUUGCAUGCUCCAUAAAGAUUGGGUUUGGUCUGCAGCACUGCUCGAGCUGGGAUUUAUAUUGAGGAGACCAUCCAAUGGCGUUGGUAAGGCGUCCUUGGGAAGGAGUGUACGUAGAUCUUUCACGUUGGACGGGCAAUGAGGCAACUCGUGUUCCGGCCGGCCGGUCGUCACGUCGCCGGCAGCCAAUUUUGCCCGUUUGUCGGCCACCCGUUUCUGGAGAAAAGCUAUUCGAGUCUGUUUCUCUCUUCGUUCUUCUUCAAGGUCUAAUUCUGCCAGCUCCCUCUCCAGAUCUCUGAUCUGCUCGUCUUCGUCCGGACUAGCGAUUGUGGCGGAUUUUUUGUGUUUCGGAGAACUGAGCUCCUCGCCUUCGCAGUACUUGCUCGGAAUUCCCCAUGCGUGGUCAGUAAGAGGGGUUCCGCAGCCUGAACAUUUGGAAACUGCUAUAAUUGCUGUUGCUAGUAAAGCGUAGGUUCAAAUGAACUCAAGUAGCUAUACAUCUAAUACGAAACGUGCUAGGUGGGGCAAUCCCCUGAGACUUACUAGCGUGGACUAUUUUGAUUGGUUCUAAUAAAGUCUUGUGAUUAUACAAUGAAAGUUGCUCAAUAUGAAAAUACGGACUAUGAACCCUUCCUGCCCCCAACCAGGGCCUCUCUGCUACCGAUGUCUAGAUUUAUAUUAAUAGGAUUAAUAUUCACAAAAAAACGCAACACUUCAGCAAGAAAACGUCAAGUUGCGAACUGAACUCUCAAAACAGGAGCAAACGCGGCUCAAAGGUAAACGUACAGAAUCCAAAGUAGAAGUUCCUAUCGAUUUAAGGGUAGGUUUACGUACUUAUUUUAUUGCUUUGAUGUUAGAAGAAAAGCUUUUCAUCAUGAGAGAUCAGAGUUUGUUCUUAUUCUUUAGAGCUGACCGUGUGAUAGCGUGUCUUCAAAGGCGCCGACAUGCCUGUGUUGUAAACCAUCACAGGAGCCUACAAACCCAUAUUGUCUUCCCCUUCGCGCCCAAUUUUAGUAUUUAAGAAGUGAGAACAUAUAUUUAUUUCACCAUUGAAUAACACGAUAUCGAUGGAGAAAGUUGCUGUUGGAAGCAACCGAUAAUGAUCGAUGAUGUGGUUGAUCUCAAAGCAGAAGCCAUGAACAGGGUUAUUGGUUAUAUGAUUCUGUUUCAAUUUGCAGGGUUCGCACAGUCUUGAAAAGUCCUUGAAUUUCAUUUUUUCCUUGAAAUUCUAUGAAAGUCCUUGAAAAGUCCUUGAAUUUUCUUCAACUUUGAAUGUAGUGGCCUGGAAAGUGUUUUUUGAUGCUUAAUUUGGUUGUCCAAGGCGGAAUAUGAAUCAUAGCUCAAAGGAUUUAAAGGUUAUUUACACAAAAUGCUCAAUGUUUUACGCAAUAAUUAACUAUCAAUUUAAGACAAGUGAACUGAAAAAUGUAAAGAAGUUGGUGAAGCAAACAGUUCAAGCCCUAAAGCCUUAUUAGAAUGGACUGGGAAUGUGCGUUAACUUUAAAAGUUGUUCAUAAAAUUGGAAAUAGUCCACUGUAAAGUGUCAUAGAUAGGCUUCAGUUAAAAUUGACUUAUUACAUGAAUUAGGUAUUGUUUUAACUGAGCAUAUUUUAAUUACUGAGCCUUCACUUUGAAAUUAACAUACUGUUUUUGUCACAGUCCCCAGUCAGAGGUGAACCAGGACAUCUUGUCUAAAAUAAAAGAAGUUCUAAAAAAAGAACACGGAGGAGAAAAUAGCCCAUGGACUGAUCUGCAAAUGGAAGGAUUGUUGUUACAUGAAUCAACUCUUAUUACUAAACAAUUAAUGAAUGAGCCUGAGUAUCUUAUGAGUAAGGGUGGAGAUCGAGGAGGGUGUUAUCGGCCGAUAACUCCCUCCGAGAUCUCCAUAAUUCUUCAUAUGAUAUGAAAGCCAAAUUCAAAAAUUGUUUUAUUAUUCAUUCAAAAUAAUUCCGAGUUUAAAAAUGUAGCUAAAACAUGCUUGCCUCCAUCAGUGUUAAGUUCAUCUUCUAUAGUGCACGUUUAGGGUUGUUCAGCUCCGCAAAUAGCAGAUGUCGCCCUUCGAGUUGUGUUCCUGCCAUGUUUUUAGCUAUUAUGUCACCGAGUUUUUACUCUUGAAAGAAGUGAAAUGUCCUUAAUUUUUUGUUUUCACCACCAAAACAACUCAACCUCUUCGCCUGGUCUUCUCGGUUAAUGGUACAUUAACCUGCAAGGAAGUAGCACUUUUGACGUCAUCAGUUGAUUAAAACGAAAAUUCUUUCAAAUUUGGUCAUCAGUAGCUGGUUAUGAUGAGUUAUAGGUGUGCUUUUAGCCAAUCAGAAUCGGGGAAAUAUUUUGAAUGAAUAAUAACACUUAUUAUUAUAUAAACACCAAUGAAAUACCAGGUGAGCUUUCACUUGAAAACUUGGUAUCUUCACAUGUGAAAAUAUCAUCGUUGCUAUGGCUACAUAAUAAAUCGCGCCUUUCACACCAAAAAACUUUUAAAGUGAAAUGGUUUGGUAGUUCAUUGGUGUUUAUAUAAUAAAUAGAAUAUUACAUGGCCGCUUGGAGAUACGAAAUUUCUCUUCCCUUGUUGAGAAAAUAACACUGCCUUUAGCUAAGGAAUCAAGUUCUUGUCUGUAAAAGAUAUGUACACUUACAGGUACUAGUUCCUUUUCAACCCUAGGGGCAGUUGCUAAAUUUAGAUUUGAAGAAAUCUCAGCAGGUUUUUUAUAAAAUGUUGCCUACUUUAAAAUUUCUUUUUGUUAAUUAUUGGUCUUUACGUCAACUGCUCAAUUCCUUCAUUACUUCAGAACGGUAAAGGAGAAAUGUCAAAGAAUAAAAAAAGGAAAAAAUGAAGAGCACAAACAGAGGUGCAAAACGAGUAGACGUCUCACAAGUGUAAGUAUAAGGAAGUUUUUUUUCCAAACAUCUGAACAUGGUCAAAUAUAAAAACUUUUUUUGAUAAUUAUAAAUGCAGUGGUAUUCUAUUAAUAGGGACACCUGUAUGUAGUGGACAGUUUUUCAUGUCCUCAAGAAAAACAAUGUAUAAUAUGUUUAUAAUGUCAUAAUGAUAUUUAUUGUCAGUGAUACAUUGUUUUUUUUUCUGAUCUUAACUGUAUACGGGUGAGGCCACUUUUAUCCUUAGUUAUUUUAUUUUUACUUUCUUGAACAAAUUCCAUUAUUACAAACAUGAAUUGAUAGAUUAUAUUUAUUAUUGAAGGACUACAACACCAUUAUUUAGUUUGAUUUUUGUCCUUCUCUAUGUUUUUAGUAGAAGCUGGACAGGCGAUGUGGGGCUUUUGAGCUUAUAAGAGAAUCCUUAUCCUAG